ACUUCUAAUUGGAAUACCUUUAAUUUAUUCCUUAUAAUAACUUUUGAUUGAAGUUCAUUUUUUGGCAAGAAAUUUUUCUUUUUGUUUUUACGUUAAUUAAGAAGCUGUAUACACGAUGGCCUGGUACAAAUUGCUUAUGAUGUACAUUUUAUUGAAAAACGUUCGUCCCUCGGCAUGUCAUGCAGAUCAUAAUGUUAAAGUUGAAAUGAUGAUUCCAGACCUCAGACCCGACGCCGACGGAGACACUGUCGCUGACAUUUCAACGCACGGGCUAGAAUAUGUGCAUAGGCUGGAUACACAUGAUCAUAAUGGAGACAAGAACUUUUCAUUUGCUUCUUACUAUCUAAACCACAUGGUCCUCCAGGGCUCUCCCAAACAGUCCAUUAUAUGGGGCUAUGCACCAUCUAGUGCUGUUGGACAAAUGGUUACCAUAAUGAUUGAUCAUGUGGCACACAACUUUUCUGUCCCUGUGAUGCAAGAUCAAACAUGGGCUGCAAAGCUCGACGCCAUGAAUGCAGGAGGACCUCAUACCAUACAAGCUUCAUUAUCUGGCUCAGUGAUCCAGCUGAGCGAUGUAUUGUUUGGAGACGUCUGGCUGUGCUCUGGACAGUCCAACAUGCAAAUGUCCAUGAUACAGGUUGACAAUAGCACAGAGGAGAUAGAGGAUACCAUAAACUACCCAAACAUCAGAGUGUUUGUUGUCAGUGAUAAGAUAUCUACCAUUCCCCUCUCUGAUCUCUCCUCUGAUGGGGGUAUUCUCCUGCCGUGGUCUCUGCCAUCACCAGCCACCAUUGGUGGGCCUCCAUUCCAGUAUUUCUCUGCUGUCUGCUGGUUGUAUGGGAAGUACUUGUAUCAGCAUCUACAGAAACCCAUAGGUCUGAUAGACACAACAUGGGGUGGUACACCUGUAGAGGCAUGGUCCGCACCAGAGGUCCUCGAGAAAUGUGGGGUGACACUUUCAAAGCCAAGUGACAACAAAGCGGCCUCAAGUUAUGAUGUGUUGUCUGGUCCAACCGACUCCUCUGUUCUUUGGAAUGGCAUGGUGCACCCUCUCCUCAACAUGACCAUUUAUGGGGCCAUCUGGUACCAGGGUGAGAGUAAUGCUGCCUAUAACAGGGACCUGUACAACUGCACAUUCCCAGGAAUGAUUGAUGACUGGAGGAAGAAGUUCCAUACAGCCAGUGACACUGAUGCCACAUUUCCUUUUGGAUUUGUUCAACUGGCUCCGUUUGAGGCAGACUACAGUGUAUCAUCUGGCUUCCCAGAUAUUCGCUGGCACCAGACAGCAGACUACGGCUAUGUCCCCAAUCAUCGUCUGCGUAAUGUCUUCAUGGCGGUUGCCAUGGAUCUACCUGAUUUCCUUUCUCCAUAUCAAAGCAUUCACCCGCGGUUCAAACAGGAUAUUGCUGCUAGACUCACCCUGGCCAGUUUGGCGGUGGCAUACAAGCAAGACGUGUCAUACCAGGGCCCUUAUCCCGUACAUGUGAUCAUCUCCAGGGAGCCUCCAUACAAGUUCACGCAGAUUGUGGUUGAGUAUACCAUGGGCCUCAACCAGAAAUGGCUGGAUGGCUAUGAGAUUUGCUGUGCAUUCACGUCUCCUCCAGUGUGUCAGCAAGGACAAUCAUGGUGGUUACCUACAGCAACAGUGCAAACCUAUAACAGAGGAAACAUUACAGAGAGUUACGCCUUCCAGUGUGACCUUGAGAACGUUGUAGGCAUACGGUAUGCAUGGAGGCAGACGCCAUGUCCCUUCAAGAACUGUGCCAUAUAUGGGGUGGACAACGACCUUCCCAUGCCACCCUUUACAUACCAUGACAGGGGCUUUGUGAAACAAUCAAUAGGAGAUGGGCGAUACAAAGUGCUUAUCAAAUAGAACUUUAAGUCGAAAUAUGUGUUCUGCUGAAAUGCAAGUCAGUGAGCAUGUUUCUAUGCAGGCUUUUGAGAUAUUUUGUUUGUUGCUUUAUCAUUGAUUAAAUACAUGUUGUUGUUUGUAAA